AUGGGUUCCGGACAGGAUUACCCUACUAGACCCUCAAAAUGUUCUAAAACUAUGUCAUGUUCAGAAGACUGGAUUGGAGUAGGAAAGAAGUGUUUCUAUUUUUCUGAUACCAGAAAUUGGACAGCCAGUAAAAGAUUUUGCAGUUCACAGGGGUCAGAACUUGCUCAGAUCGAUACACAAAGAAUAUGGUAAGAAAAGGAGAAAGAAUUUUUGCAGAGGUACAUAGGAACUUUCACGAACUGGAUUGUACUGAAUAAGAAACUAGGAAAGACUUGGAAAUGGACAAAUGGCACUACAUUUAAUGCUUGGUUUGAAAUGAAAGGAAAUGGAUCCUUUGCUUUUCUGAUCGCUAAUGGAGUCCAUAGUUCCAGGUGAUUUGUUGAUAUCAAGUGGAUUCGCAGCAAACCUAGAUAUUUAUAA